UCUGUGGUGCGUGCGGCGUGGAUAAUCGCUCCGAACCCGGUUUUCCAGAGCGAAAACGCGAUUCUUGUUGUGUUCUGAUGAACGGGCAGUUCAUGAGGAGUGCGGACUAGGCAGUCAAUGAAUGCGGAUAUGGCCGAGAUUGUUAGCCACGAUCGUAUCUCCAGGGUUGUCGUGGUGUCCGUGGAACAGGAGAACAGCGGAGGUGGCGCCCCCCCGCUCGAUGCCGUGGUCCCACGGACGACGGACUCCGACGACGAGGAAGACGCAAACUCCGUCGUCGACAACGUGGAGCCUUCCGUGGAUUUGCUCUCCCGCUCCGACUCCGAGGAGGUCAGCGGCAACAUGAUCGAGGCGGCCGACUUCAGGGCCUUGUCCGAAGGUCCGGCGUACGCGAGUCUGAACGGCCGACUCAGCCCCGGCUUCUCGACGGCCUCCAGUUACGCUACGCUAACUCCUUUACAACCCUUACCCCCCAUCUCAACCAUGUCAGAUAAGUUCUCGCACUAUGCCCACCAUGGCAAUGUCAGCGGGAGCUUUACCUUGAUGCAAAAUAACCUUGGAAUGAAUUUCCAGUAUGACAAGCUGGGCUCCAUGAGUGUCAUGAACAUGAGUCCCACACUCGGAGUAACACAUGCGUCCGCUGUGUCCAUGCUGGCCGCUAAUGGACUGAGUUCUCAGUCUAUCCCGUCACCUCCUUACUCCCAGAACGGAAUUCAUACCCCAGAAAAAUCGCUCAGUCCGACGGGAUUUGAGUACUCUCAUCGUGAGCUGGAAUCUCCUCACAGCCCAGCUUUGCACACGCCCACCUCAAUGAUACAAACUUUGAAUGGCCUUAACGUCCCCGGCAGCCCGCCGCCCGCCCAAAUGCAAGCCCCAAGUCCCCCGAGCAAGCCUUCCCCGGGGCCCAUGACCGUGCCGGUGGUCAGUUUGGCCCCUUCGGCUCUCAACGUUGCUCUGUCCCUCGCAUCGGCCAUCCCAGUGCACGUGACUGUCCAGCCGGCGGCUACAAUUGUCAGCACGCCGCCUCAGCCCCAGCAAGUUGUCGUAGCUGCCCCUGUGGUUCAACAACAGCAGCAACCCCAAACUCAGCAACAGCCUCAACAAACACCCCCUAAUAAGACCGUUAUGGUUGCAACAGCGGUGUCUCCAUCAUCUGCAAAGAGUAGUGGGGACGAAGUUGAAGAAAUAAACACAAAAGAGCUGGCGCAGAGGAUUAGUGCUGAACUCAAACGUUACAGCAUACCCCAGGCGAUUUUCGCCCAAAGGGUACUGUGCAGGUCCCAAGGCACUCUCUCUGACCUGCUGCGAAAUCCAAAGCCUUGGAGCAAAUUGAAAUCAGGAAGGGAAACUUUUCGAAGGAUGUACAAGUGGCUCGAAGAACCGGAGUUUCAACGAAUGUCUGCCCUCAGAUUAGCAGACGGAGGCUCGUUUUCCCGAAUGUUGCUGGACCGGCAACCCUCCUCUUCUUCCUGCCCUUCUACGUCCACAGGUAGGAAGUAA